AUGGUUCAUGAUCAAGAGAUUCUUGGUAGGAGCGACAUGAUCGCGGUUAUCAUUGGUGGCAUAACUAUUGUUAUCAACCUUAUCGCUAUCAGCAGCCUCUUCCGGUGCUACCAGAGACGGAGACUGGUCAGGGCGGUAGCAAGAAACGCAAACAGCACUACUACAGCAGUACCCCCGAUAGCUAGCAGCCCUAUUCAUGAUCAUCGAGAAUCACGCCCAGAGAGAGUUGAUCUUGAGAACGGAUCAGAGAAUCUGCCACGCCAUAUACCAGUAAUUCCAAACAUGCAGCAUUGCCCUGGAGGUGCUCCGGAAAUUUCGCAUGUCAUUCCGCACCUCCCACAAAGACCGUCGGCGGCACAACUGAAAUCUGAAAAUGGGACUGACGGCCUACAUGGAUUAUCACCCGACGAUAGAUAUAAGGCCCCGUCUAGAUCUACCUCCAGGGACCACCGGCCUAAUCAUGCUCAGAAGUAG